AUGGCCUCCCAACAACCACCAUCAGAAAUACCCGCCCCGGCGGCGGCGACGACGACGACGACAGAAACCCCCGUCGAAAUCAUCCCCUCAGCCGAGAACCACUACGGCACACCCAACCUCCUCCACAACUCCGCCAUCAUCGUCUCCGUCCUGGCCCCCAUCGGCCUUUUGCUCCCCGGCCGGGGCCGCGGCAAGUUCUCCGUGCAGAACGCCAUCCUCUCCUCGGGCACCUUCUGGGGCUUCAACCAGCUCUCGUUCGACUACACGGGCAAGUCCAUCUACCAGCGGUCCAACGAGAAGUGGGCCGGCAUCCUGUCCACGGGCGACGCGCUGCCGGAGCAGGCCAAGAAGAACAAGGCCUUGAUCGAGGCGGAGAGGGCGAGAAGGAAGUUGGCCCAGGAGCAGGCAGACCAGAAGGCGGAGCAGGAGAAGAAUGGGGGUGUGCUGACCAAGAUCUGGAUGGGCGACGAGAAGGAAGGGUGGAAGGAGAAGAGGCUGGAGGAGGAGAAGAAGGCGCUGGAGAGCGGGAAGGGAUAUGGAAGUCUGAUUAUGGAUCAGAUUUGGGAGGUUUGGAACCAGGAGGGGAAGGAUGGGAAGAAGAAGAAGAAGGAUGGUGAUAUGAUACCCGAAGAAGGAAUAGGUUAA